CCUUCUCUGCCCAUUCCGUUCUCCGCAUGCGGAGAGACGUCAGAAUUCUUCUCGUCGGCGACGAGGGCGUCGGGAAGAGCACCAUCGUCACCUCCCUCAUCAAGGAAUCCUUCGUGCCCCAUGUACAACAUAUCGUCCCAGAGGUUACCAUCCCCCCAGAAGUCACCCCAGAGAACGUAACGACCUACAUCGUCGACUCAGGAUCCGGCCCUCAGGAUAAACAACACCUCGAAACAGAAUGCCGCAAAGCCCACGUCAUCUGCGUCGUCUACUCCAUCGACAACCCAAACUCCUUCGACCGCAUCCCCACCUACUGGCUUCCCUACUUCCGCCAACUCGGCGUCAACGUCCCCGUCAUCCUCGUCGGCAACAAGAUCGACCUCAGAGGGGGUGAGGUCACCAAUGAGGCUCUCGAGGCUGAGAUCAUCCCUAUCAUGAACGAGUUCAAGGAAGUAGAGACAUGCGUAGAAUGCUCCGCCCUCCUCCCCCUCAACGUCUCCGAAGUCUUCUAUUUCGCCCAAAAGGCAGUCCUGCACCCCACCGCCCCGCUCUACGACUCUCGAGAUCACGUCCUGAAACCGAUGUGCAGAGAAGCCCUCAAACGAAUCUUCAAACUCUGCGACACAAACAAAGACGGCAUCCUCGACGCCUCCGAGCUCAACGAAUUCCAACGCAAAUGUUUCGACUCGCCCCUCCAAUCCCAAGAACUCUCAGGCAUCAAAGAAACGGUCCUCGCGCACUCGCCCUCCGGGAUCCGCGAUAACGGCCUCACUGAGUCCGGCUUUCUGUAUUUGCAUACUAUGUUUAUUCAGAGGGGCAGACUGGAGACGACGUGGACGGUUUUGAGGAAGUUUGGGUAUGCGGAGGAUUUGAGGUUGAUGGAGGCGUUUUUGUGUCCGAAAUUCGACGUCCCCCCAGACUGUUCCGUCGAGCUCUCCCCCCUCGGCUAUCAUUUCUUCACCGAACUCUUCGAGACCUUCGACAAAGACCAAGACGGCGCACUGAACCCUUCAGAGCUCGACGAGCUCUUCAGUACCUCGCCUGGGAACCCUUGGACGACGAAGUAUAAAUUCCCGGAUAGUACGGUUGCGGACGAUAGUGGGGCGGUGACGCUGCAGGGGUGGUUAGCGCAGUGGAGCAUGACGACCCUCCUCGAGCCAAAAACGACGCUAGCAUACCUCGCCUACCUAGGCUACCCCACCGAACCCCGCACCUCCGCAUUACAUAUCACCCGUCCGCGCGCUCAAGACCGUAGGAAAGGUAAAUCGACGCGCAAUGUGUUUUUGUGUUAUGUGUGUGGCGCGGCGGGGUCGGGGAAGACGUCGCUUUUGAGGGCGUUUGCGGGGAAACCGUUCCUCGAUUCUUCUUCUUCUUCCCACACGUCGACCUCGUACGGAAAGGAGAAAGGCGCAUACGAACCGACGAAGAAGAUGAUGUCCGUCGUGAACUCCGUAGACAUAGAAGGCGAGGAGAAAUACCUCGUCCUCCAAGAGUUCGGGAGCCAGUACGAGGCGGAGGUGUUACGGGAGUCGAUGACCGGCCGCGGAGGUGGGGGUAUGGGUGGAGGUAUGGGUGGAGGGAAAGGGAUGGGAGGAGGAAGGAGGGGGGAGAUGGUGGAUGUGAUGGUGUAUGUGCAUGAUUCGGCCGAUACGAAUUCGUUUUCGUAUAUUAGUAAUUUGAGGCAACAGUAUAGUUUGGAUCAUAUCCCGACACUUUUCGUGGCGACGAAAUCGGACCUCGACCUCGCGCAACAGAGACACGAAGUCCAACCGGACGUGUAUUGUCGACGACUGGGCCUCCAGGUUCCCGUGGCAGUGAGCGUGAAGACGGGACAGAUGGCGGACGUGUUUCAUGCGAUUUGUAGUGUCGCUAUGCAUCCAAACUCCUCAAUCCCCGGCGGCGCCGACCGCGCCCUCUCCUCCGCCGCCCGUCUCCGAACCUACAUCACCCUCUCCGCCCUCAUCGGCGGUCUCAGCGCGGGACUCGUGCUCGCCUAUCGGACGUUACUUAGGCCGGGGGGACCGUUGGCUGCGUGGGGGGGUUGGGGGUGGGGGGUUGGUUGUUGGGUGGGACGGGUGGGGGUGUGGGUGUGGGGGGGAGGGGACGGUAGCGGCGGGUGGUGGGGGACGGGGACGGGGUAGCGGUAGGGUUUUGGGUUGGGUUGGGUUUUGCGCGGAUGGGGAUGGGGAUGGGGAUGUAUUGGAUGCGUGUGGACGCGCGGAGGUUGGGGGUUGGCUGCGCGUGCACCUGACCGUGAUAUGUUGAUGGCCACUCGCACGUUUGUUCGUGUUUCGUGUGGCACGACGGGAUUCGUUUUGUUUUUGGUGGCGGCAUCAGUCGUCAUACCACCUAUCUUUUCCGUACAUUACUACCACAUUAUUGAAAGAGAAG